AUGACUAAGAAUGAUUCCAUAACGGAAUUUGUUAUAACAGGUUUUGACAAUUUUGAAAGGCCAGUGGCUAUUGGUAUUGGUAUUCUUACAGUAUAUCUGCUGGUUAUGCUUGCUAACUUUGUAAACAUAUGCUUUAUUGUCUUGGAUAAGCGUCUGCACCAGCCAAUGUACCUUUUUAUCUGCAAUUUGGCAAUUGUAGACAUGCUCUAUUGUACCAGCUCAUGUCCAACAAUGAUAGCUGUUCUUAUAGUUGGCUAUAAAACCAUAUCUUAUGUACCAUGUGUUGUUCAGAUGUUUGUUUUUGGUUUAAGUUUUAUGAUGGAGCUGUUUACUAUUUCUGCUAUGGCAUUUGACCGAUUAAUUGCUAUACUCAAUCCACUGCGGUAUCAUUCUAUUCUGUCAAAUUUCCGUUCUAUUCUGCUCACUUUAUUGCUUUGGAUUCUGGGUUCUGCUACUAUGGCCAUAGUUCCUGGAAGUGUAGUUCCACUACCAUUGUGUUACUCAACUCUGAAGUUCAUGUUUUGUGACUAUGGAUCUGUUGUCAGGCUAACUUGUGUAGAUCCAACUCCAUAUUUUGAUAUGAUGGCAAUUUUAUCUUUCUUUAUGCUAUUUGGAACAUUUGGUUUUAUCUGUGCAACUUACAUAAGGAUAGUUAUUGUUGUAAUCAAAAUGACCUCAAUGUGUAGCAAGAAAAAGGUGUUCAAUACUUGCUUUAGCCACUUAGUAGUCAUUAUCUGCUAUUUUGGGCCCACAUUUGUAGUGACAGUUCUGACAAGGACAGGUUUGGUUUUAACUGUGGAGGAGCGACAUGGUUUGAGAAUUGGGACUAUCCUUGGUCCAUCUUUAUUAAAUCCUUUCAUAUACUGUUUAAGAACAAAAGAAAUCAGAAAUAAAAUAUUCAGAGUCAUAUCUAAAGUCAAAACAAUCAAAUAA